AUGGAAAUUAAACCCCACGAAGAAAUAAAACUCCGGAAAUCGGCUAUUCCCUUAUUGGCAAACGCCGAUGACAUAGUGCUGAUGGACGAAUCUCAAGAUGGAGUAAAACGGUUCUGUGAAAGACUCAAUGACGCAGCACAGUAAGUAGGACUACAAAGUAUAAUUAUAUGUUUACGAAAUAUUUAUACAAAAAAUAUCUUUUGAAAGUGCUCCAAAGUAUGUGCUUGGUUGGAUAAAUUUGACGAAGACGUUGAUUUGGAGGAUAGUGAUGAUUCUGACGCUGAUCUAAAUUUCGUACCAGAUAAUGUAUCUGACUUACGUUAUAAUAAUAGUGAAAAUGAUGAUGAGUUUGGCAAUUUCGAUAAUAAUACUAGAUCUACUUCUGCACAUGAGUUUUACUUUGGUAAAGAUGAAAAAACAAAAUGGUAUAAAAACUUUCUUACUAAUAAAACCAAAAAUCAUAACAUUCUUACUCAGAGCCCUAGUGUCGUAAAUGUAGUCACUAAAAACGCUACAAGCAUUUUAGAUUGCUGA